UUUUUUUAAUAAAGAAAACAAUUGAGAGAGAGAGAGAGAGAUUGUGUGUGUGGCACAACAAAACAAGGCCAAUAAGCAAUCCCUUCUCUCCAAGGCAAGCCUUGUUUUUCACUCAUCCUUCUCGUCCUCUCCCACCCAAAUUAACCAACCCAAACCCCUCUCUUCCUCCUCUCUCUCUCUCUCUCUGUUGCGGGGGUGGAGUUGGAGACUGCUGCCCAUCAAUGGAGAACACUUCAAAACUUCAAGACAGGGAGAACCCAUCUCCCACAAACUCCCCAAACAGCAAUGGCAGCACCAGCAUGAGCAGCAGCAACAGCAAUGGAGUCCAAGCCCACACCCCACCACUCACCCCAAGAACCAUUUCCAGAUCUGAAGCCAAUCCAUACCCAACAACCUUCGUCCAAGCAGACACCUCCAACUUCAAACAAGUCGUCCAGAUGCUCACCGGAUCAUCCGAAACCGCGAAACAAGCAUCCAAACCGGCCUCGGAUCCUCCUCCCCCUGCCCCUUCCAAGAACCUCAUCCCCCCCAUCAAGAGCACUGCGCAGAAGAAACAGAGCUUUAAGCUCUAUGAACGGAGGAACCAUCUCAAGAACAGCCUCAUGAUCAAUCCUUUGAUGUCUGGCUUUGCCCAUAAUUCUGGGUUUUCGCCUCGGAAGCCGGAGAUCUUGUCUCCGAGCAUGCUUGAUUUCCCCAAGCUUGUUCUCAGCCCUGUUACACCACUGACUGAAGACCCAUUUAACAAAUCUUCACCUUCUAUAGGGAAUUCGUCGGAGGAGGAGAGGGCAAUUGCAGAGAAGGGGUUUUACUUGCAUCCUUCGCCGAUGACCACUCCCAGAGGCUCUGAACCGCAGCUGCUGCCCCUGUUUCCGAUGACUUCCCCGAGAGUUUCCGGCUCCUCUGCUUGAGAAAGGGGUCGUGUGGGGUUGUAAUUGUGAGUAAUUAAGGGCAGGAUUCAUGGGUGUUUGAUGAUUUUCAGAGAACGGUAGAGAUCUUGCGUCAAUUGUACAAUUUGGCCUCUCUUCCGUUGUCCAAAAGAAAUGGAAAAGGCCUGUUUAUUCUCUGUUUUCUUUUUCCUUUUUUUCACUGCUGACUAUGAACAUGAGAUCAAAUUCUUAAGUUGGAUUUUCUGUUUGGUUCU